AGAUGGCGGCCGCCAGUGUGGGGCAGCUGCCGGCCGGUCGUCGCCGCGGCCGCUAAGCGCGCGUCGGUUCGCCUCGCUCUUGAACCGGGACCACGCUAGGGUGUGGGAAGGGCAGAGGACGGCGUUGGGGGAGGCCCGACGAGAUUUAUAAAGAAUUCUUCCUUUGAAUUCAUGGUGUUUCAUCUUGUGUACGACUGAGAUAUCAGACCUUUUGGAUUUCUGUUACUGGACCAAAAAUCAUGACAUCUAUUAUCAAAUUAACCACCCUGUCUGGGGUGCAGGAAGAGUCUGCACUGUGCUAUUUGCUCCAAGUCGAUGAAUUUAGAUUUCUAUUGGACUGUGGCUGGGAUGAGCACUUUUCUAUGGAUAUUCUAGAUUCCCUGAGGAAGCACGUUCACCAGAUUGAUGCAGUGCUGCUGUCUCACCCCGACCCUCUUCAUCUCGGCGCCCUCCCGUACGCUGUGGGAAAGCUGGGUCUGAAUUGUGCCAUCUAUGCCACCAUUCCUGUUUACAAAAUGGGACAGAUGUUCAUGUAUGAUCUGUAUCAGUCUCGACACAAUACAGAAGAUUUUACACUCUUUACCUUAGAUGAUGUGGAUGCGGCCUUUGACAAAAUACAGCAGCUGAAGUUCUCGCAGAUUGUGAAUCUGAAAGGUAAAGGACAUGGCUUGUCUAUCACACCUCUGCCAGCUGGUCAUAUGAUAGGUGGAACAAUAUGGAAAAUUGUCAAAGAUGGAGAAGAAGAAAUUGUUUAUGCAGUUGACUUCAACCACAAGAGGGAGAUACACAAACCAAAUGUCCUGGAAACACUUCGAGGUGAUGGAAAUGUAUUAAUAGCAGUGGAUACUGCAGGCAGAGUUUUGGAACUUGCUCAACUUCUUGAUCAAAUUUGGAGAACUAAAGAUGCCGGACUGGGUGUUUACUCCUUGGCUCUCCUCAAUAACGUCAGCUAUAACGUGGUGGAGUUUUCAAAGUCCCAGGUAGAAUGGAUGAGUGAUAAAUUGAUGAGGUGUUUUGAAGAUAAAAGAAAUAAUCCAUUCCAGUUUCGCCAUCUUUCUUUAUGUCACGGGCUUUCUGAUUUGGCUCGAGUCCCCAGCCCUAAAGUGGUACUUGCCAGCCAGCCUGACCUGGAGUGCGGAUUUUCAAGGGACCUCUUUAUUCAGUGGUGUCAGGACCCUAAAAACUCAAUCAUUCUGACUUACAGAACUACGCCAGGGACACUAGCACGUUUCCUAAUUGAUAAUCCCUCUGAAAAAAUUACAGAAAUAGAGUUGAGGAAGCGUGUGAAGCUUGAAGGGAAGGAACUUGAAGAAUAUUUGGAAAAAGAGAAGAUUAAGAAAGAAGCUGCUAAGAAACUUGAGCAGUCAAAAGAGGCAGACAUAGAUUCCAGUGAUGAGAGUGACGUUGAGGAAGAUAUUGACCAGCCAUCAGCUCAUAAGACUAAGCACGACCUGAUGAUGAAAGGGGAAGGCAGUCGGAAAGGAAGUUUCUUCAAACAGGCUAAGAAGUCUUACCCUAUGUUUCCUGCCCCAGAAGAAAGAAUUAAAUGGGAUGAGUAUGGAGAAAUUAUCAAACCAGAGGAUUUCUUAGUGCCAGAGCUUCAAGCUACUGAAGAAGAAAAAAGCAAAUUAGAAUCUGGUAUGACAAACGGAGAUGAACCCACGGAUCAGGACUUAUCCGAUGUUCCCACAAAGUGUAUCUCCACAACAGAGUCUAUUGAAAUAAAAGCCAGAGUUACUUACAUAGACUAUGAAGGACGCUCUGAUGGGGAUUCCAUUAAAAAAAUAAUUAAUCAGAUGAAACCACGACAACUGAUCAUUGUCCAUGGGCCGCCAGAGGCCAGCCAGGACCUGGCAGAGUGCUGCCGCGCGUUCGGUGGGAAGGACAUCAAGGUGUAUAUGCCGAAGCUGCACGAGACGGUGGACGCCACGAGUGAGACACACAUCUACCAGGUGAGAUUAAAAGACUCCCUCGUCAGCUCCCUUCAGUUUUGUAAAGCAAAAGAUGCUGAGUUGGCCUGGGUAGAUGGCGUCUUAGAUAUGAGAGUCUCCAAAGUGGACACCGGAGUCAUUUUAGAAGAAGGUGAGCUGAAGGACGAUGGAGAAGACUCAGAAAUGCAGGUGGACGCUCCUUCCGAUCCGAGCGUCAUUGCGCAGCAGAGGGCCAUGAAGAGCCUGUUCGGAGACGACGAGAAAGAAGCAGGGGAAGAGAGCGAGAUCAUCCCCACCUUGGAGCCUUUGCCGCCUCAUGAGGUUCCUGGACAUCAGUCUGUUUUUAUGAAUGAACCAAGACUUUCAGACUUCAAACAAGUCCUUCUGAGGGAGGGGAUUCAGGCCGAGUUUGUAGGCGGUGUGCUGGUUUGCAACAAUCAAGUCGCAGUCCGCAGAACGGAAACGGGACGUAUUGGAUUAGAAGGCUGCCUUUGUCAAGAUUUUUAUAGGAUAAGAGACCUUUUAUAUGAACAAUAUGCCAUUGUGUAAAGGACAUGAUGUCAAGAAGUAUCUGUUUGACCUUUAUACGCAAAAGGAUUCGUACUCUAAGCUUUUGCUUUUUUGUUUUGUAACAUACAAAAAGAAUCUGCCAGAAAACUUAACAUGCAUUACAUUUUUAAAAAUGUAAAUAGAAACCAUUUUGCUAAUAUUCAAAUGAGCAUCCUGCCUGUUCACUUUCUGAGUGACAGAGACCCUACCAGGUGUGCAGGCCCAAGAGUUGAACGGGAUUGGUUUCCUUCACAGACCCCUUAUUCUAGAAGGGCUUUUUACUUGAAUAAAACAAUGCAACUUAGCAAACCAGCUUAUCUAAGCCUUCUAUAGGGACACAUGUUUGCAUGGGUUCUUGCAAACUCUUUCUUACCUUUUCUAGAAAUGAAAAGUGAGAAUUAUUUAGAAGAGAUGUGACAUUAAAAAAAAAGCUGAUUAAACUGCUUUUGAGGCAUGUCUGUUUAAAAAACAGUAUAUGGCGUAUGUGCUCUUUCUUUCGAAUCCUCUCAGGCAGUUGUUUUCAUGUGGAGGUAUUUAAACCCUGUUUCUGGUGUACACUGAUUUCCUCAGGUGUGAGGGAGAAAACAUUCAUUUCAGAAAUCACUUGUUCUUUCCUCUGUUUCUUGUUUUAUCAAUACCUUUGUUGGCACAUACAUCACUCAGAAGAACUUCUCAGUGUGUUCUUUGCUGUAUUGGAAAUUGGCGCGGUGGGCUUUCAAGAAAACAAAUGUUGACCCUUGCAUUUUUAUAAGGUCAUGGUGUGACUUAGUUUAGGGGCAAAUGUUUUCCUCUCUUGGGCUGGCCAAGCAGUGUCUACACAUUACUGCAGAAGCAACCCCAGGCUGGCCGACGCACCCGUGUGCACACACGUCUUUCUUGUGGCUGGCAGCUCCGCCAUAGUGUAAGCCACUAUUGAGCGCCAAAGAGAAUAUAUUCAAUUUUCAUGGACCUUAAACAGUGAAAACCAUGUCACCCAACUGUAAUAUGUUGGCUUUUUUUUUUUAAUGUGGCUCUAAUCAUGGCAGACCUUGAUGUUUAUUUCUUAAGCAUGGUAGGCCUUACUCUUUACACUUAGUAUUUUUAGAAGGAUCAGUACUCUUGUUUAACUUAAAUGGAAUUAUGUAUAUUACAGCUCAGUGAUACCAGAAUAGUAUUAAUGUUUUAUUCUAUUUCAAAUACUUACAAAGCUUUUACUAUAGAUUAUAUUGCUGAUACAAUGUUUACAGCCUUCUGAUACUGAAAACCAGAUAUAUAUAUACACUGUUAGAGAACAUGAAGAAUAUGUUUUCCUUCUAGAACUUUGUAAAAAUUUCACUUAGACAUUUACAUUACUGAAUAGAAUUAAGUCUAGAAUUCUGUUUAUACUCCAGGGGAAAGAAUGUCUGCAUUUGUUUCCUGGCUAAAAAAAUCUGGUUACACAUGUAACACUGCAAUGCCAAUACUGAAAAUUUGUCUCUUGCCUAGCCUUUUUAUUGUCUCAUGUGCAGGAAUUAAAUUUGAAAGUACUGCUUGAACAUGGUUGUGCUAACUAAUGUCAUUACAGGAGCAGUAAUUUUACCUGCUUCUGGAUGACAGUAUUUCUAAAAUGCAGAAAUAGGUUAGACUCAGUUGUUUGAGAAUAAAUUAAAGAAGGACUAUGAGAGAAAUUAUGAACUCAGAGGCACUUUCGGAUCUUUAUUGUUUAGAAGCAAAAUAAAUACAAAUAGGCUCUCAGCUGAUAUAAUUUGUUUAAAAAGAGGUUUAUUCUAGUAUUUGUUGCAGUGGGAUUAUCUGUCAAGUACUGAAAAUAUUUCUGUAUUUUCUUGAGCCCAUAGGUGAAACAGAAGUGUAGAAAUCCAUUUUUCAAGGAUUGCCGUUGGCUUUUUUUGAAUUUGAGAUAUAUUCGCAUACCAUAAAGUUCACUCUUAAAUUGUACAGUUCAUUGGUUUUCUUAUAUUUGUAGAGUUAUGCAACCAUUACCACUGUCUAACUCCAGAACAUUUUCAUCAUCCCCCAGAGAAACCCCAUGCCCAUCAGCAGACAGCCCAUCCUUCGUUUUCCUCAACCCAGGCAGCAGUUUUACCUGUUUCUGUCACACUGGCAUCUGGCCAUCUCACAGAAAUGGAAUCAGACAACAUGCGGCCUUUGGUACCAGACCACUCAGCAUGUUUUCAGAAUUCAUUUAUGUUGUAGCGUGUGUCCUCUUUAUGACUGAAUGCUCUUCCAUCGUGUGACUGUUCCAUAUUUUAUCUGUUGACCAGUUGAUGGGCAUUUGGCUAAUACAGUAUGCUGCUGUGUGCAUUCAUGUACAAAGUUUUGUAUGGACGUGUUUUCAGUUUUCUUGGAUGUAUAUAGCGAAGAGUAGAAUUGCUGCAUCACAUGGCAACUCUGUUUAACCUUUGAGGAACUGCCAAGUGGCUAAACCAUUUUACAUUCCUUCCAGCAGUGUUUUGAGGACUCCAGCUCUCCCUGUCCCUGGCAACACUUGUUAUGUAUGCACAUCUCUUAUUUUGGACAUCUCUGUGUGUGUGUGUGUGAGUGAGUGAGAAGAGGGAUCUCAUUGGGGCUUUGAUUUCUAUUUUGCUAAUCAUGUUCAACAUUCUGUUCAUUGGACCAUUUAUAUGUAUUCUUUGGAGAAAUAUCUGCUUAGAUCCUUUACCUGCUUUUACAUUUGGCUUUUUUUAUUGUUGAACUAUAAUUCUUUAGUCUGACUGCUAACCCCUUACUAGAUAGAUGAUUUGCAAAUAUUUUUUGCCAUUCUGUGUUCUUUUUUACUUUCUGGAUGGUGUCAUUUGAUACAUAAAAGUUUCCAUUUUG